CAGGGCGUAAUUACCGAGCUCAUUACAGGUACGUAGGUGUCGGACACUCGUUUAAGUAGUGCAGCGACACCUGCGUCGAUGGUUAGUGGCACUUGCACCUUAGAAUUCUGGACAUUUCUUGUGCAUAUUGAUUGACUAUCCGCCAAGUUGAGGUAUGUUUAAAUGUUAAGAUGUUAUUUCACGAAUAUUAUUUGUCUGAAAAAUAAAUCGUCAUGUGAAUACGAUUGUUAACGUGCGAGGGGGUCCCGGUUGGACCGUUGCUAUGAAGUGUUUUGUCAGGUAUGGCCGUAUCUAAUCCAUACGAGCACAUACGUACAGCACCUGCAUGCUUCGGUAUUCCAGGACGGUUGUCAUAAAUGUCAAAAGAAAAAAAUACAACCACUAAUUUCGUACCUAGGAUAAGGAAAAUAAAAAUUAAUCCAUGCCGAGCUCUGUUGUACCCCUUUUAUUAGACACCUGCGAACAUGUCGGACGACGAAGGUAGCAUUGCCAGCUUCAUGAUGGCAAAGAUCACGAGCGAAGUCAAAAUAGAUGAAGGCACUAGAUUAGAGGAUUUUGAAAAAUUCCUCGAGUCCAUGUUGGAGUCUCGUGGUCCAUCUCCGGAGGAGGACGACGAAGAUGCGCUUGAUAGAAAAUUAAAAGGUAUCGCGUUAUACACUUUACACGUGAAAUCAAAGGAUGCGAUUCUACAUGCAUAGAAAAAAAAAAAAUGCAGAUUUUGUACUGGAGCGAAUCCCAGAAAGUAUGUCUUAAAUUUCUUAGAAAGUGAUUCUAGGAGUGGCGAAUUACUCAGGAAAACUCUAAUUGCGCUGGAUUUUAUGCCAAAUGGAGGGUUCAAAAAUAGUUCUUAGACAGCUGAGGUAGACAGAGAGGCAUGGCCUGUAAAAACGAGAUCCCUUCCUACGAUGAUAUAUGUCGUUCGGCUUCGUUAGGGUUGCGUGCAAUGUCAGUCGUUGGUUGAAUAUUCCGCGCAUCUCGUGACACUGAAAUCGACGGGAACCUUAUUACGAAGACACGAUCGUUUCGUCCCAUGCCGUCCUGUCGCUAAGAUCCAGGUUUAGUUCCAACUCGUUGACCGAACUGGCAAGAACUUGCCCGACUCCGUGUUAGAAAAAAAAAAAAAAAAAUUUAAUCGCGUAAAAUUCCACUUGACAAUAAAUUCUUACUUUUUGCGAGGAACUUGGUUUUUUUUUUAAUUCGCGCCUCUAUUUUCCCGAUAACCCGAAGAAGACAUGGCGGGGGGCGAGCCUGCCGGCGAUCUGCGUUUGGAACACUUGGGCAGUUUCGUCCAGAAGUCGAUGAAACUGAAGCCCGAAAAAUGGGGCCGGCUACUUUUGACGGAGGAACAUCGGAACGUCGUCCUCGAGUUCCUGGACAAUCCGUUGCCGGCUGCUCUGUUCGUCAUCUUGACGCCGAACUCUCAGCUGGUCACCUCUUCGUCCUUCCCCAUGCCUUGUGCAAGAACGAAGGGGAUCUACGCGAUAAAAGUGACUCAGACCUCGAUACCAAAAGACAAGGAGGCAUGCCGUUCUAUCCUCAUCAUGGGCGAUCUGUCGCAUCGCGUCGUCGAUCAGCUGACCACGUUGAUAGACAACAUAUUUGCUCCUCUCCUGAGUAAUCGCGACAAUCACGGGGAACUCCCUGAGGUGGCGAUCGAAGACAUAUGCAAACAGGUGCACUCGUUAAGAGGAACGCUUUAUCAGGUAAAGGGUCAAGUUAACGGCAGGACCGUGCUUCCAAUGCCAGCAGGACUGGAAAGGGUUGCCGAAGUCGAGAGACUGGUCUCGAGCCAAGGAUCCCAGGCCGUGGAUUUGUACCUGAAGAGCGCAAUAGAAGGCGUCGUCAUUAAAUGGGCAUAUUUGGUAAACGACGUCGUGACCCACGAGUCCAGUGCCGCCUUUGAAAAUGGCCAAAAUCCGACGCCAAACGUGGAGCUGGAGUACUGGGCGAACAGACUGGCGAAUUUGAGAUAUAUCUUCGAUCAGCUGAGGGAGGAUCGCGUGAUGAAAAUGGCUAUAAUCCUGGAGAAGACGGACAGCGCAUAUUACCCUUGUUUCCGGACGCUUUUCAACAACGUGGUGUCUUCUCUGGCCGAGGCUAAGGAGAUCACCCUGUUCGUAACACCUUUGGCGAAGAUAUUUUCAGCCGUCGAGGAAACGGACUUCUCCGAUGCCAAGCCAUUAAUGAGGCCAUUGAUACACAACGUUGGACUAGCUUGGGCCAAGUCUAGGUACUAUCAGAGUUCCUCCAAAGUGAUCGUCAUGUUGCGGAUGAUCUGCAACUUGUUAAUCCGUCAAGCUCGGCGGUUCUUGGAUCCCUCCUCGAUCUUCCAGAGCGACAUCGACGAAGCCCUGCAAAGGGUACAGAUAUCGAGAGGUGAAACGACGCUUAAAAAUGUAGAAGCUCGAGGUAUCAAUUUUUCUCCCUCGUGGUUUAAGCCACUUUUUCUCCUUUCAGAUAUUCUGGAGGAAUUUAAAUUGCAGUUCGAAAGAGGGAAGGAAGUUCCCGGAGGGAGACCCGAUGCUCCACCGUGGACUUUCAACGCUGGGGCGAUUUUCCAAAGACUCGACGCCUUCUUGAAGAGACUCGCCGAAGUCGAGUGGCUCUUCGACACGGUCCUCGAGUUCUACAAGCUGGAGAAGAUCGAAAUCGGCGGAAUAAUCGGCCGGCCCUUGACGGCGAGGAUAGGAGUCGUCUUCAAGGAGUUCCAGCAACUGUUUGCCGCUUUUUCGGCAAAGGCCAGCGACGCCUUGGAGCCCGAUGACCAAUCUUUCGCGGCAGACUGCGAAAAGUUCAAGGACUCCAUCGCAGACCUGGAUGGCAAGCUGGCGGCGAUUCUUUGCCAGGCUUUCGAUAAUUGCGGAAACCUGCAAGGCGUGUUCAAAGUCAGUAAAUCGGUACUCGGUACGCAGAUUUUUAAUUUCUAUUUUUUUCUUUUUAUUUUCUUAACAGUACUUCCGCGCUUUCAGCUGAUCAACAUUGGAGGGACUCUCCUGGACAGACCUAUAAUCCGCAAACAAUUCACCGAACGUUAUUCCCGAAUCCUGGACCUACUGAAUACCGAAUUGACUAUGGUGGAAGUUCUUUUCAACCGAGGUACUCGAGGUGCCAUGAGCGAUCUCCCUCCUCUGACGGCGAAUCUUCGAUUUAUCAACAUGUUGAGACAGCGUAUCGAUUUACCUGUACAGUGCUUCGGCAGUCUGCAGCAUCCAAUCGUGACAAGUGCCGAGGGCGAGAACACCAUAAAACGGUACGAGAGGUUGACAAAUAUACUGAAUUCUCGAGAGGAAGGGUUUUUUUCCGACUGGGCCCAAUCGGUCCCGAAGAUCGUCGAAGAUGGCCUCUGUCGAAAUCUCUUGACAAGGGACAAACGCAAAGUGUCGUCUCUAAAUUUCGAUCCCGGGUUGUUCGCGGUCCUGAAGGAAGUCAGCUACUUGAUGCAACUCUCGCGAACCGACAUACCUCAACAAGUGAUCGAAGUGUCGGACCGUGCCGAGGAUUUCCGGAAAUAUCGGAUCCUGCUGGGUGGUACCGUGGACUCCUAUAACGAAAUUCGUAGGUCGACUCGAGCGGUGGAGUUCAAUCUGAUUGCUCCCGAAGUGAGGAAGAUCGAUGAUUUGAUGAUACGAGGAGAGCGGAAACUGCAGUGGAACUCGGAAGGACUCUCUGAGUACAUAGAUGAGUUAGGCGUCCUGGUCGAGGACUUGUGGAAACGAGUGAAGUCUGCCCAAGCUAACGUGGAGACCAUGAAGAAGGUCCUAGAUCCGUGGACGAAAAUCCCCUUGAUCGAGCGAAAGGAUCGUCGCAAGGACGCCCUUUUGUCUCUCGAGGAGAGGGCCGAAAGGGUUUCCAAGAGCCGAAUCGAGAUGGAAAAGGCUAACGUCGUAAUCCAAUCCCUUUUAGCAGAAAAUGAGUCUCUUCUUCUGGGGUCAGGAAAUAAUCGCGACGCUCUGCCGGAAUACGUGAAGUACGUAGACAGCACCGUCCUGGAAUGUCUCCGAAGAGCCGCAGGAUGCAGUCUGGGAUACCUAGCGGAGAACAUGGAUCCUGCAGGCCUGCAGUCUCCAUUGUUGGAAGCCAAGUUAGAGCUCAGGGAGCCGGAUUUGUACUUCGUCCCAUCCUUGGAGCCUGAAGACCCAGAUGGGCUGGACCAGCUAAUGAAGGGAUUGCUAGACGACGUUAUCGGCAUGGCAGGACUCAUAAAUCGAUUAAACGCCAGCUCGGAAGGAUACACCGUUGAAUUAGAACACGACGAAGACAUCGCUGGGAUGAAGUCCGAGAUCCUCUCAGGAGUCUCCAAAGCCGUGGAAGAGGCCACCGAUUUUUGCGGAAUUUUCGAGGGAUACGCCUAUCUCUGGCUGGAGGAUCGGGAGCUGGUCAUGCAGCAGUUUUUGGAGUACGGUCGUCAGCUCACUGCCGAUGAAAUGGAGAUGAUCCUGGGGCAGGACCUCAAACGACCGGUCCCAUCACCUCCCAAGAUGGAGCAAUUUCGGGAACAGAUCGACUUGUACGAAGGACUGUAUCUCGAGAUAGAGGAGAUGGACCCUUCCAAAGUAUUCUGUGGAUGGUUCAGAGUGGACCUCAGGCCGUUUCGGCAGUCACUGUUGAAUACCGUCUGCAAGUGGUCCAGCAUGUUCAAGGAACAUCUCGUGGAAAGGGUUACCACGAGCUUGGCCGGUCUUGGGGACUUCAUCAGAGAGGCGGACCAGGGUCUUCUUCAACAAGUUCAGCCUGGCGAUUACGCCGGCUUGGUCAACAUAAUGGGCUAUCUGAUGCGAGUGAAGGAGAGGCAACCGGUCACCGACGAAAUGUUCCAGCCAUUGCAGGAAACUAUUGAAUUGCUCAAAUUCUAUGACCAAGACAUCCCAGAAGAGGUGAACGUCCAGCUGCAGGAGUUACCCGAGCAAUGGUUCAACACCAAGAAAUUAGCUCUAACUGUGAAACAGCAAGUAGCUCCUCUGCAAGCUGGUAGGACAUACUCGAAUCUUUGUAUUCUUACGUUGGCGUCUUUUGUUAAUGGUGACUUUUUAUCAGGGGAGGUGUCCAGAAUCCGCGGGAGAAUAUUCGCAUUCGACACCACGAUAAGUUACUAUCGCGAGGCUUUCAAACGUUACGGCUUCUUCAAGUACAAUUGCGAGAACCCUUACGAGCAACUGAACGAGGCUGACAAGGAAAUUCGGAUGUUGGAGAGACAAAUGUGGGAUAUUCAGGAGUCUGGCUCGCUCUUUGAGGUGACGGUGCCGGAAUUCAAGCAGCUGAAGCAGUGUCGAAAAGAGCUGAAGAUGCUGAAGCAGCUCUGGGAUUACGUGAACAUUGUCAGGAGCAGCAUCGAGGGGUGGAAAACCACCCCUUGGAGGAAGAUCGACGUGGAGAACAUGGACAUCGAGUGCAAGAAAUUCGCAAAAGAAAUUCGGGGUAAGGGUCUCGCCCUUGAAAUACACGAUACCCUCGCAAUAAAAUUAAUUCCGGGAUUUUUCACAGCUCUCGACAAGGAGAUGAGACCGUGGGACGUGUACGCGUCUUUAGAAGCCACGGUAAAAAACAUGCUGACGUCUUUGCGAGCGGUUGGAGAGCUGCAAAAUCCUGCCAUUCGAGAGAGACACUGGCGUCAGCUGAUGAACAGCACUAAGGUGCGCUUCGUGAUGGACGAAUCGACGACUUUGGCCGACCUCCUCGAGCUGAGUCUCCACGAAUGCGAGGAAGAGGUGAAGAACAUCGUCGAUAAGGCUGUCAAGGAGAUGUCAAUGGAGAAAUACCUUCGAGAGUUAAGCAUUACGUGGUCGAGACUGGAAUUCGACCGGGAGGUCCAUCCCAGGACGGGAGUGUCUCUUCUCAGGGCCAGCGAGGAGUUGAUCGAAACUCUGGAGGAAAAUCAGGUCCAGCUGCAGAAUCUUAUCACCUCGAAAUUCAUCGCCCACUUCCUGAAGGAAGUGUCCACCUGGCAAAAGAAAUUAUGCCUGGCCGACCAGGUGACGACCGUUUGGUUCGAGGUCCAGCGUACCUGGAUUCAUCUCGAGAGCAUCUUCGUGUCCUCCGAGGACAUCAGACGACAACUUCCGGUCGACGCGGAACGUUUCGACAGAAUCGACGAAGAAUUCAAGAGUAUGACCGAAGACAUGGCGAAGACCCCGAAUGUCCUGGAGGCGACCAACAGAGAGGGCCUGGCUGCUGCGCUGGACCAGCUGCAGAAGGGACUCGUGCUGUGCGAGAAAGCCUUGGCAGAGUACCUCGAAACCAAGAGACUCGCAUUUCCGCGGUUCUACUUUGUCUCAUCCAGCGAUUUAUUGGACAUCCUGUCCAAUGGGAAUCAGCCAAAAAUAGUGGCGAAGCACCUGAUCAAGCUCUUCGACUCCAUGGCGAGGCUGAACUUCGUUGAAGUUCCCGAAGGCGCACCUAUGCGAGUCAAGGGCAUGCACGCCAAGGAUGGAGAGUACGUAGAGUUCGCCAACUGCGAGAUGGUCUGUGAUGGCGUGGUGGAGGCUUGGCUGAACCGUCUCCAGGAUGCAAUGAGGGUCUCUAUUCGGCAUUAUUUCGGCGAAGCUGUAGUCACUUACGAGGAGAAACCUCGAGAACAAUGGUUGUUCGAUUACCCGGCUCAGGUCUCUCUUUGCGGCACCCAAAUUUGGUGGACCAGCGAAGUGAACGCAGCCUUCGAGAGGCUGGAAGAGGGCUACGAGAACGCCAUCAAGGACUACUUGAAGAAGCAGAUCUCCCAGCUCAGCACGCUGAUUUCCCUUCUUCUGGGCGAAUUGAGCAAGCAGGAUCGACAAAAAGUGAUGACUAUUUGCACGAUCGACGUGCACUCCAGAGACGUCGUGGCAAAGUUGGUCCAGGCAAAGGUGGAGACGUCGCAAGCCUUCCAAUGGCAAAGUCAGCUGCGACACCGGUGGGACGACAAGGAAAAGGAUUGCUUCGCCAACAUCUGCGAUGCCCAGUUCAAGUACAGCCACGAGUACCUGGGGAACACGGCUAGAUUGGUCAUCACUCCACUGACGGACAGGUGCUACAUCACCCUGACUCAGUCUCUCCACCUGGUGAUGGGAGGAGGUCCUGCUGGACCAGCUGGUACCGGAAAAACCGAGACGACAAAGGACCUUGGCAGAGCCCUGGGCAUUAUGGUCUACGUGUUCAACUGUUCCGAGCAAAUGGAUUACAAGUCCUGUGGGAACAUCUAUAAAGGCUUAGCUCAGACAGGAGCUUGGGGUUGCUUCGACGAAUUCAACAGGAUCUCGGUGGAGGUCCUCUCCGUGGUGGCGGUUCAGGUGAAGGCAGUCCAGGACGCCAUCCGCGAGAAGAAGGAGAAGUUCAACUUCAUGGGAGAGACCAUAGCCUUGGUGCCCUCGGUCGGGAUUUUUAUUACCAUGAAUCCAGGAUAUGCAGGACGUACAGAGCUUCCGGAGAACCUGAAGGCACUUUUUCGGCCCUGUGCGAUGGUAGUCCCGGACUUCGAACUGAUCUGCGAAAUCAUGCUCGUAGCCGAAGGGUUCCAGGAUGCGAGGAUCCUGGCCAGGAAAUUCAUAACGCUUUAUACUCUCUGCAAAGAGCUGCUCUCGAAGCAGGAUCACUACGACUGGGGUCUUCGAGCGAUUAAAUCGGUUCUGGUGGUAGCAGGCAGUCUGAAACGCGGCGACCCAGGACGACCCGAAGAGGAAGUGCUGAUGAGGGCUCUUAGAGACUUUAAUAUUCCAAAAGUCGUCUCCGACGAUUUACCAGUUUUCAUGGGGCUCAUUUCGGAUCUCUUCCCGGCCUUGGAUGUGCCGCGGAAGCGAGACGUAGAGUUUGAAAAAACCGUGAAGCAGGCUGCAACGGAUCUGCUCCUUCAGCCCGAGGACAGCUUCGUCCUGAAGGUGGUCCAGCUGGAAGAGCUGCUGGAAGUGAGGCAUUCGGUCUUCGUGGUAGGAACCGCAGGUUCGGGGAAGACUCAGGUCUGGAAAACCCUAUUCAGAACUUAUAAGAACAUCAAAAGGAAACCGGUGUACAACGAUCUAAACCCAAAAGCGGUGACCAAUGACGAACUCUUUGGGGUCAUCAACCCAGCAACUCGCGAGUGGAAGGACGGCCUCUUCUCGGUGAUCAUGCGAGAGCAAGCCAAUCUAAUCGGGGAUCAUCCUAAAUGGAUCGUGCUGGAUGGAGACAUCGACCCCAUGUGGAUAGAGUCUCUAAACACGGUCAUGGACGACAACAAAGUACUCACUUUGGCCAGCAACGAGAGGAUAGCUCUGACGCCAACCAUGAGACUUCUCUUCGAGAUCUCUAACUUGAGGACCGCCACUCCGGCCACGGUAUCAAGAGCAGGGAUUCUGUACAUCAAUCCUCAGGAUCUUGGCUGGAAUCCUUACGUGACCAGCUGGAUAGAGACGAGGACUCUGCCUGCCGAAAAGUCCAGUCUGGUCGUGCUUUUCGAUAGAUACGUGCCCCCUACCUUGGAAUCUCUUCGGACUAAUUUCAAGAAGGUCACUCCCAUGGUCGACAUGGCUCACGUAGAGAUGCUGUGUCACCUUUUAGGAUGUCUCUUGAAUCCCGAACUCACCGGUGCCCCUGACUUCACCAAGGAUCACUACGAAUUGUACUUCGUCUUUGCUGCUGUCUGGGCAUUUGGUUCCGCCUUAUUCCAGGACCAAGCCGUGGACCAUCGCACCGAGUUCACCAAAUGGUGGGUCAACGAAUUCAAGCAAGUCAAGUUUCCCAUUCAAGGAACCGUCUUCGACUACUACAUCGACCCUGAAACAAAAUCCUUCCUACCUUGGACCAAGAGGUUGCCGAAGUUCGAGCUAGAUCCUGACAUGCCCUUGCAAGCUGUGCUGGUUUAUACCGCCGAGACCAUGAGAAUUCGAUAUUUUCUGGACCUGCUCAUGGCGGCUAAACAUCCCGUCAUGUUGGUCGGGACAGCCGGAAGUGGGAAGACGGUCCUCGUCUCCGAGAAGCUCCUGCAGCUGUCGGAAAAUUACUCCGUGGCCAAUGUCCCGUUCAACUUUUACACCACCUCCGAGAUGCUGCAGAAGAUCCUGGAGAAGCCUUUGGAGAAGAAGGCUGGGAGGAACUAUGGGCCUCCUGGGAACAAGACGUUGGUUUACUUCAUCGACGACAUGAACAUGCCGGAAGUCGAUACCUAUGGUACAGUGCAACCACAUACCCUGAUUCGCCAACACUUGGAUUAUGGGCACUGGUACGACAGGACCAAACUAACCCUGAAGGACAUCCACAAUUGUCAGUACGUCAGCUGUAUGAAUCCAACUGCUGGGUCCUUCGCCAUCAACCCCAGGCUCCAGAGACACUUCGCCGUCUUCGCCGUUAGCUUCCCGACUCCGGAUUCUCUGAUGACGAUCUACAGUUCGAUUCUUUCCCAACACCUUGCCAAUAUAGAACACAGGUUCCCAACUUGUGUGACCGAAAUCUGCACCAACAUCGUCCAGGCGGCUCUUCAGCUGCAUUCUCGUUGCGCUGCAGUUUUCCUGCCGACUGCCAUGAAGUUCCACUACAUCUUCAAUUUGCGGGACUUGUCGAACUGCUUCCAGGGCUUGCUCUUCAGUAGCAACGAAUGUCUGCAGACCCAGAUAGACUUCGUCAGAUUGUGGAUGCACGAGAUGCAUCGGGUCUACGGGGACAAGUUGACGGACGACAGGGACAUAGAGACCUUCGGGAAGAUGAAGCUGGACAUCAUCAAGAAAAACGUCGACGACCUCGACGAGAGUCUGAUUCUGGACAAGCCUAACAUUUACUGCCAUUUCGCUGGUGGUGUUGGCGAUCCAAGGUACAUGCCCGUGAAGAGCUGGGCAGCGCUUCAUAAACUGCUGUCGGAAGCUCUUGUCAGCUACAACGACCUGGUGGCAGCCAUGAACUUGGUCCUUUUCGAAGAUGCAAUGAUGCACGUGUGUCGCAUCAACAGGAUUCUCGAAUCUCCCAGAGGAAGUGCUCUUCUAGUCGGUGUUGGGGGCUCCGGAAAGCAAAGUUUGGCUCGACUUGCAGCUUUCAUAAGUUCCCUCGAAGUCUUCCAAGUCCAGCUGAGAAAGGGCUACGGUGUCAUGGACCUCAGAAUGGAGCUGGCUAAUUUGUACUCGAAAGCUGGCCUGAAAAAUCUGGGGAUCAUGUUCCUGAUGACGGAUGCCCAAGUGCCAAACGAACAGUUUCUUGUUCUCAUUAACGACAUGCUCGCCUCUGGGGAGAUUCCCGAUUUGUUCCCUGAAGACGAGGUGGAAAACAUCCAGGCAGGAGUUCGCAACGAAGUUAAGGGCGCCGGAAUACUGGACACCAGAGAGAACUGUUGGAAAUUUUUCAUCGACCGAGUUCGUCGUCAACUUAGGGUGGUUUUGUGCUUCUCCCCCGUGGGAUCUACACUUAGAGUUCGGUCUAGGAAGUUCCCAGCUAUAAUCAACUGUACAGCUAUCAACUGGUUCCACGAGUGGCCUCAGGAAGCCUUGAUUUCGGUCUCGAAGAGCUUUCUGCAGGAAUUGAACGAGCUCCCUGAAAUCUACAGGGAAUCUUCCGCGAAAUUCAUGGCCCACGCUCACACCAGCGUAAACACAGCAAGUCGUCAAUUUUUAGCCACCGAGCGUCGUUACAACUAUACAACUCCCAAGUCAUUCCUGGAACAAAUCUGUCUUUACGCGAAAUUGCUCGGUACGAAGGCCAGUGGGUUACGAGCGAGUGUGGCCAGACUGGAGAACGGACUGGCAAAGCUAAGAUCCACUGCUGUUCAAGUUGACGAUCUCAAGCGAAAGUUAGCCGUUCAAGAGAUCGAGCUUCAGCAGAAGAAUGAAGCAGCGGACGCCCUGAUCGCCAUAGUGGGCGUCGAGACGCAGAAAGUGCAGGCUGAGAAGGCUUUGGCCGAUGAGGAGGAAUCCAAGGUUGGAGUGAUAGCCGAGGUCGUGGCGAAGAAGCAGAAGGAUUGCGCAGCUGAUCUCAUGAAAGCCGAGCCUGCUUUGCUGGCUGCUCAAGAAGCUCUCAACACGCUCAACAAGGCUAAUCUCACGGAAUUGAAGUCCUUCGGUUCGCCUCCUGGAGCAGUGACAAAUGUCACAGCUGCCGUUAUAGUUUUACUGGCUCCGGAUGGGAAGGUACCCAAGGACCGAAGCUGGAAAUCCGCGAAGCUCGUCAUGGCCAAGGUUGACAACUUCCUCGACUCGUUGAUCAACUACGACAAGGAGAACAUCCACCCGGAAGUGAUCAAGGCGAUCCAGCCGUACUUGAAGAGUAGCGACUUCGAGCCCGAAUUCGUCAGGUCGAAGUCGGCAGCUGCAGCUGGUCUCUGCGCUUGGGUCAUCAAUAUCAUCAAGUUCUACGAGGUCUUCUGCGACGUCGAGCCGAAGAGGAAAGCUCUUGCUCAAGCCAACGCAGACUUGGCUGCCGCGCAAGAGAAACUCGGAGUCAUCAAGAAGAAGGUCGUGUCUCUAGAGGAACAAUUGGCGAAGUUGACGACAGAGUUUGAGCAAGCGACAGCUGAAAAGAUGAAGUGCCAGCGGGAAGCUGAUGCCACGAACGCGACAAUAGCUUUGGCGAACAGAUUGGUUGGCGGUCUCGCUUCGGAAAACGUCCGAUGGGCCGACUCGGUGGCCAACUUGAUGCAGCAAUCCUCGACGUUACCCGGCGACGUGUUGCUGGUGACGGCGUUUAUAUCCUAUGUCGGCUGUUUCACCAAACAGUUCCGUUUGGACCUUCUGCACAAACUAUGGCUGCCGUUUUUGCGAUCUCUGGAACCGGCUGUGCCCAUCACCGACGGAUUGGAUCCAUUGUCACUUUUGACGGACGACACGCAGAUCGCUAAAUGGAACAACGAGGGUCUGCCCAAUGACAGAAUGUCUACCGAGAACGCAACUAUCUUGACGAACUCCGAACGGUGGCCUCUGAUGAUCGAUCCCCAACUCCAGGGAAUCAAAUGGAUAAAACAGAAAUACGGAGAUUCUCUUCGAGUGAUAAGACUAGGUCAACGUGGGUAUCUCGACGUGAUCGAGCAAUCACUGGCUGCCGGAGAUACGGUCCUCGUUGAAAAUAUCGGAGAAUCCGUGGAUCCCGUGCUGGACCCCCUACUGGGGAGGAACCUUAUAAAAAAAGGCCGCGCCAUCAAAGUCGGCGACAAGGAGGUGGAAUACAAUCCGAAUUUCCGACUUCUGUUGCACACCAAACUGGCGAAUCCUCACUACAAGCCGGAGAUGCAAGCUCAAACUACUCUGAUCAACUUUACCGUCACAAGGGACGGCUUGGAGGACCAGCUUUUGGCAGAAGUGGUGAAGGCGGAAAGACUGGACCUUGAAGAGCUGAAGGCAGACCUCACGAGACAACAGAACGACUUCAAGAUCACUUUGAAGAGUCUCGAAGACUCCCUCUUGUCGAGGUUGUCCUCAGCUGGUAGCAACGUUUUAGAAGACACGGCCUUGGUUGAAAACCUGGAAACGACGAAACGCACUGCGGCAGAAAUCGAGCGGAAAGUGGCAGAAGCUAGGACGACGAGUCGAGAGAUAGACGCGGCUCGCGAAUUGUAUCGACCAGCAGCGGCCAGAGCGUCUUUGCUGUACUUUAUUCUGAACGAUCUGAACACCAUCAACCCUAUCUAUCAAUUUUCCUUGAAGGCCUUUAGCGUGGUCUUCCAGAAGGCCAUCUACAAGGCCGAACCUGCACCGGACGUGGCGGCCAGGGUGAAGAACCUGAUAGAGUGCAUCACGUUCUCGGUUUUUGUCUACACGACGAGGGGCCUCUUCGAGUGCGACAAGCUGAUCUUCACCUCGCAGAUGACCUUCCAAAUUCUCCUGACGAGUGGAGAGAUCACAACGAGCGAACUUGACUUUUUUCUCAGGUUCCCCAUCACUCCACACGUCACGUCCCCGGUUGAUUUCCUGUCGAACACCAGCUGGGGAGGCAUCAGAAGCUUGGCCGCCAGAGACGAGUACCGGAAUUUGGACAGGGACAUCGAGAGUUCCACCAAGAGGUGGAAGAAACUGGUGGAGUGCGAGUGCCCCGAACGAGAAAAAUUCCCUACGGAGUGGAAGAAUAAGACCGGACUCCAACGACUUUGCAUGCUGAGAGCCCUGAGACCAGAUAGGAUGACUUACGCGGUGACUGCCUUCAUCGAGGAGAAACUGGGAAUGAAGUACGUGGAGAGCAGGACGGUUGAGUUCUCCAAGUCUUACGAAGAGACCAGUCCCUCCACGCCGAUAUUUUUCAUCCUGUCUCCUGGCGUCAAUCCUUUGAAGGAUGUCGAGAAUCUGGGAUGCCGCAUGGGCUUCACCUCGAAGGCGCAGAAUUUCCAUAACGUGUCCCUGGGCCAGGGGCAGGAGACCGUUGCGGAACAGGCCAUGGAUAUAGCAGCCAAAAUGGGGCAUUGGGUGGUUUUGCAAAAUAUACACCUGGUGAAGAAAUGGCUGCCGACUUUGGAGAAGAAGCUGGAAGUCGCCUCGGAGGGCUCUCACCCGGACUACAGAAUCUUCAUGAGCGCGGAACCCGCCAGCACUCCAGCUGGUCACAUCAUUCCUCAGGGCAUCCUGGAAUCCUCGAUAAAAAUCACAAAUGAACCGCCGACGGGGAUGCAGGCAAACCUGCACAAAGCCCUGGAUAAUUUCACCCAAGAGAUCAUGGAGAUGUGCACCAAGGAAGCCGAGUUCAAGGCCAUCCUGUUUUCUCUUUGCUACUUCCACGCGGUCGUCGCCGAACGCCGCAAGUUCGGUCCCCAAGGGUGGAACAAGAUUUAUCCCUUCAACGCCGGUGAUCUGACAAUUAGCGUCAGCGUGUUGUUCAAUUAUUUGGAAGCCAGUCCAAAAGUUCCUUGGGAAGACUUGAGGUACUUGUUUGGAGAGAUCAUGUACGGGGGACACAUUACGGACGACUGGGACAGGAGACUCUGCGUUUCGUAUCUGGAAGAGUUCAUGCAGCCUGACUUGGUAGAUGGAGAGUUGCAGCUGGCCCCAGGCUUCAUGGCUCCACCCAGCACGGAUCUUCCUGGGUACCACGCUUACGUGGACGAGGUGCUACCCCAAGAGUCUCCAUAUCUCUACGGGCUGCAUCCAAACGCCGAAAUUGGCUUCCUCACGAUGACGUCAGAGAACCUUUUCAGGACAGUCUUCGAGAUGCAGCCCAGAGACAGUGGGAGCUCCGGAGGGCAGACUGUCACAAGGGAAGAAAAAGUGAAGCAAAUUUUGGACGAGAUAAUGGAAAAGCUGCCCGAGGAGUUCAACAUGGUGGAGAUCAUGGGCAAGGUGGAGGAACGCACUCCUUACGUUAUAGUCGCGUUUCAGGAAUGCGAAAGAAUGAACAAUCUGACUGGGGAGAUGAGAAGAUCUCUCCGAGAGCUGGACCUUGGUCUGAAAGGGGAGCUGACCAUCACGUCCGACAUGGAAGAUUUGGAGAACGCCCUUUUCCUGGACCAGGUACCACCGAUAUGGGUCCAGAGAGCCUAUCCAUCCCUUUUAGGUCUCACCUCCUGGUUCGUCGACCUGUUGCUGAGGCUUAGAGAGCUGGAGAUCUGGUCAGCCGACUUCGCGUUACCUGCUUCGGUGUGGUUGGCUGGUUUCUUCAACCCGCAGUCGCUCUUAACAGCGAUCAUGCAGUCCACCGCCAGGAGAUACGAAUUACCGCUGGACAAAAUGUGCCUGCACUGCGACGUGACCAAGAAGACGAAGGAAGAAAUUGCAGCUGCACCGAGGGACGGGGCGUACGUACACGGGAUCUUCAUGGAAGGAGCACGCUGGGACACCCAGGCAGGGAUCAUCAUGGAUUCUCGACAGAAAGAGCUAUCCCCUCCGAUGCCGGUCAUCAACGUCCGAGCCAUCACCCAAGACAAACAGGACCUGAGGAACAUGUACGAAUGCCCGUUAUACAAGACCAGGAAGCGAGGUCCGACAUAUGUCUGGACGUUCAACCUUAAAACCAAGGACAAGCCCGCGAAAUGGACGCUGGCCGGGGUAGCGUUACUGCUGCAGACCUGAACAGAUACAUCGAGAGAUUUUAUAUCAGUUGCUCCAGUACCUCGCAUUUUUAUGCACGUGAUAUCAUCGCGUAUCCGUUAAUGUUACACUUUGUAGAGAAAAAUAUACUUGGACCCUUGUUGAUCUUGAACGUGCGUAGCCACGGGUCGGGUGUUCGGGUUUCUAGGUUAGGUGAUGGCACGAGUAGGGAGAGAUUCCGCGCCAGCUAAGAACACUUCUCGGGCAGCCCGCGUUCGUCGCGUUCGGGCCGCGAGUGCGUGGGCAAUAGUGGGGCGCACUGAUGCGCGGAGCGGCCACUCCGCAGCGCUCCCCUUUCACAAGGAUCCCAUGAGACGCAAGGAGUCUCGCAAUCUCUUAUCGCAGUCUCGGCUUCAUCGCGAAGACAACACCGACUGUUUUCCUGCUGCCCUGGUCCAGGGGGUCCCCAAGAACUGGCCUGCCCCACUGUCGGCGUCGACGACGCUGCGCGACCCGACCGCCUCGCUUUCGCUCUCCUCUCCGCGACUGUCGCAAUUGAACGUCCUCUAAAUUUUCCACAGCCAUCAUAAACCAUAAUCUUCCUUAAUCUACACAUCCCCAUGCGAAUCUAUACUUCACUAAGCGAAGGAAAAAAAAAAAUUCAACAAAAGAACUCGGACACGGUUGUUAAAAAUGUCCUUUCAGGAAAUCUAAGGCCGAGGUGGAGGGAAAGGGAAUUUCUUGAUAAAACUGCAUCGUCCUGAAUUUUUCAUUUACAAGGUUGCGGAGUUGUAUUUUGCGGUCCGUUCUGUCGAUUUGCCAGCGAUGGAGUUAUGUUUCAGUUGCCGGGCAAUGUUUUAAGGGGGCUCGUUGAGUGCGCUUUCGUGCCGCGUUGGGGAUUCGUUGCGAAGGUGGCUGCACACAGACUCGCGCCGUUUAUUGCGAUGUUCCUCACAGAUUUUGGCUCGAGUUUCGCGGCUCCUGUUUCCGAUGCUCCCCUGAUCCUUGGGUAGCCUCGCGGUGUAGAAACCACUCAAGGAAUGCGUGUAAUGCGUGUACGUACACGUCACGUUCACUCGGUCG